AUGGAACCCACACUCUGUUACACCUCACUCACUCUGCUCUUCGUCGUCCUACUAAUGUUCCUCAAAAAACGCUUCACGGGGAGAAACCACCGCCUGCCUCCGUCCCCGGCGCCGGCGAUCCCCGUAGUCGGCCAUCUCCACCUCCUGAAGCAGCCCCUUCACCGGACCUUCCAGCAGUUCUCAGAGAAACACGGCCCCAUCUUCUCCCUCAAGCUCGGCUUCCGCCGCGUGGUGGUGGUGUCCUCGCCGGAUCUGGUGGCGGAGUGCUUCGUCGGCGCCAACGACAUCGUUCUCUCCAACCGCCCGCGCGUCCUGGUGGACGAAUACAUAGGCUACGGCCACACCACGGUGGCCGGUGCCCCCUACGGCCGCCAGUGGAGCAACCUCCGUCGCUUGGGCGCGGAGGAGGUCCUAUCACCCUCCCGCCUGAACGCCUUCUCGCGGAUCAGAGAGGACGAAAUCAGGAGAACUGUUCGAGCCCUAAUUUGCCAGAAUUCACAGCGCACGAACGUGAAAUUGAGGCCGGUGGUCUUUGAAUUCAUCUUCAAUCUUAUAAUGAGGAUGCUCGCCGGCAAGCGGUACUGCGGCGACGAGAAAUUGGGAGAGAGAUUUCGGGGGAUGGUGAGCGAGGUUUUCGCCUACGCACAGUCGUCUAAUCCAGAGGACUUUCUGCCAUUUUUGAGGUGGAUUGAUUACAGAGGUCUGGAGAAGAAAAUGGGUGCCCUGGGUCAAAAACUGGACGAUUUUUACCAGGAUUUGCUGGUGGAGCACCGCCGGGAGAAGAGGAACACCAUUAUUGGGCAUUUGUUGUCACUGCAAGAAUCCAACCCGGAAUUCUACACGGAUCGAAUCAUGAAGGGCUUUAUCACCAACAUGAUAAUUGCCGGCACUGACACAUCGGUCGGGACUAUAGAAUGGGCUAUGUCCCUCCUGCUCAACCACCCCCAAGUGCUCCAAAAGGCCCAAUCAGAGCUCGACUCGCGAGUCGGGCCUCACCGUUUUUUGGAGGAGAAAGACCUGCCCGACCUGCCUUACCUCAGCAACAUAAUCCACGAGACGUUCCGUAUGUUCCCGGCUGGGCCCCUCGGGGUGCCCCGCGAAUCAUCCUCCGACUGCAAGAUUGGGGGCUACGACGUCCCGCGUGGAACGAUCCUAUUGGUCAAUGCAUGGGCCAUACAAAGGGAUCCGGGACUGUGGGAUGAGCCCAUGAGGUUCAGGCCCGAAAGGUUUGAGGAGACAGAGGUGGAAACACAAAAGCUGAUGCCGUUUGGAAUGGGGAGGAGGGCGUGCCCAGGAGCCGGGCUGGGCUGGAGGAUGGUGGGCUUGGGCUUGGGCUCGUUGAUUCAGUGCUUUGAUUGGGAGAGGGUGGGUGCCGAGGAAGUCGAUUUGGCCGAAGGAGUUGGGCUGACAAUGCCCAAAUUGGAGCCGCUUGAGGCUGUGUGCAAACCAAGAGAGAUCAUGCUAAAAGUUCUUGGUGGGGAUGAAUAG